AUGCACCGUCCCGUCACCUCCGCCGUCGUCCGAGCCACCGGCCGCCACGUCCUCCGCCCCUCUCCCGCCACCUCCCAGGCGGAGCCGUGCGACGUGUUCAUCAACCACCGAGGGGUGGACACGAAGCGCAACGUGGCGGGGCUGCUGCACAGCCACCUCGGCGCCCUGGGCCUCCGGCCGUUCCUCGACAGCAAGAGCAUGAAGCCCGGCGACCGGCUGUUUGAAAAAAUAAACGCGGCCAUCAGGGAUUGUCGGGUGGGGAUUGCGGUCUUCUCGCCCAUGUACUGCGACUCCUACUUCUGCCUGCAUGAGCUGACCCGGAUGAUGGAGCUCAGGAAGCGGGUCGUGCCCGUCUUUUGCGACGUCAAGCCCUCGGACCUCCGGGUGAGGGACGACGGGUCGUGCCCGCCCAAGGACCUCGAUAGGUUCCGAUCCGCCCUUGAUGAGGCUAAGUUGACCGUUGGAUUGACUUUCGACACACGGACAGGGGACUGGGUGGAGUUUCUUGCUAAUGCCACGGAUGUGGUGAUAAAGACCUUGAUUGAAGUGCAGGAUGAGGAAAGUAACUAG